AUGUAGCACCUGUGCGCCAGUGGACAGCCUCGUGUGUGCGGGGUGUGUAAGCAACGGCGAGCUGUUGUUCGGGAGGAUAAGAUGACCUUGAGUGGACAUGGAGGUCCUGGCGGUCAGCGUUACACCGUGGUGUGAUUUGGUUACAGCCACCUUCAAACCACCCCGGUGGCCGUGGAGGGCACCCUGCUCUUCAGGGUCCGCUUUUGUGCGGCGCUUUGGCAACGUUACGAAGAUGCAAAGGCAUCAAUAGGGAAUCAUGUGCAGCUCCCUGAGCCCAAAGCAGCCCAGUGGCCCCGGCCUGACCGACAUGCAGCAGUACAGUGAGUGGCUCGCCAGCCGACAUGAAGCCAGCUUGCUGCCCAUGAAGGAAGAUCUGGCCUUGUGGCUCUCAAAUAUCCUUGGCCUGGAAAUCACAGCCGAGAGCUUUAUGGACCGCUUGGACAACGGCUCCCUGCUGUGCCAGCUGGCUGAGAUACUGCAGGAGAAGUUCAGGCAGAACAGUGAAGACUUGCCUCCUCUUGGCAACGGCAAGCAGACUAUUCCCUGUGAGAGGAUACCAUGCCGGCGAAGUGCUCCCUCUGGCUCCUUCUUUGCCAGGGACAACACGGCCAACUUCCUGGCCUGGUGUCGCCGGGUGGGAGUUGGCGACACUUGCCUGUUUGAGUCAGAGGGUUUAGUGCUUCACAAGCAGCCCCGGGAAGUGUGCCUCUGCCUUCUGCAGCUGGGGAGGAUAGCGUCUCGGUACAAAGUGGAGCCCCCGGGGCUCAUAAAACUGGAGAAAGAGAUAGAGCAGGAGGAGAGCGCUCCUCAACCUCCUCCUUCAUCUGUAUCCCCAGUGCCGCCCCUUCCUCCAUCCCCAUCCUCAUCUCCAUCUCCAUCUCCGUCCCCGUCUCCAUCUGCAUCCCCAUCCCCAUCCCCAUCCCCCUCUCCUACCAAAUUCACAUCCUGCAAGAAAAGCACGGGGAAGCUAUUGGAUGAUGCUGUGAGACAUAUUGCUGAGGAUCCGCCUUGCAGGUGCCCAAAUAAGUUCUGUGUUGAGAGACAGUCCCAGGGUCGAUACCGUGUCGGGGAAAAGAUGCUCUUCAUCCGGAUGCUGCACAACAAGCAUGUAAUGGUCCGCGUUGGUGGAGGCUGGGAGACCUUUGAAAGCUACCUGCUGAAACACGACCCGUGCCGCAUGCUACAGAUCUCCCGUGUGGAAGGCAAGACGUCCCCCGUGUGCAGCAAGUCCCCCAACAUUAAGGACCUCGCCCCGGACAGCUACUUAGUGGUGGCAGCUAACUACCGCAGCAAAAAGUGAAGACGAAAGACUCAAAAAGUGUGAUCAAGAAGAUGAUUUUAUACUGUUUUCUUCCCUCUGGCAGGUGUAAGUGGCUCCGUGAUGUGUCUCUGUACGUACAUAUUAUGACGACUGACGCACCGGCGUCAUUCGUGGAAAGCAGAUUUGUGCCAAGGCGAUGCUCAAGCCUGUGUUAUUAGUCUGAGAGAAUUUGAGCAGAUGUAUGUUUGCGAUCAUAUUAAGCUUGGGACAGAUGCUUGUAGGCCUGUUUAUUGUUUAGGUUUAUGUAGUCUCGUAGAACUGUUAAGAAUACAGCUUUGGUAUGACUGUGUUGAUCGUUAAAAAUGAUGUGUACACAGGGAGUGAGCGAGGAAGAUGUAUAUUUUCUCCAUCGGUCGUUUAUUAACCAAUUGCAUUUGAUUCAUAUUUCACAUCGGUGAAACUUUUUCCAUGUCAUGCAGCACGUGCCUUUGUAUAUAUGAGGAGGCAGAAAGAUAUAUAUAUAUAUAUAUAUAUAUAUAUAUAUAUAUAUAUAUAUAUAUACGGUCCAAGCAAUCUGCCAUCACCAUUGGCACAAAGCCUUUUCUUUCUCCAAGUCUUGAUUUUAGAAAUCGCAUAGGGCAAGAUUACCUCGUUAAAAGCAUUUUGUGAGAUAUCACCAUUACCUGGGUCUACUCUGCCUAGUUUGUAUAUGUUAAAAACGAAAGUGAGGGUUGCCAAAUAACCACGAGGCCUUCGGAGCAUCCUGUAAAGGUUGUUAACCAUGUUGAAUUUGUAUGUGCGUUACAAAAAGUGACGAUAUCUUAUCCAGAAAAGUGCUUUAAUAAGAAAUUCACCCGAGUAUCACGUGCGCCUGCGUUUCCAGCACGCACAGCGCAAGUGGGACCUGCAUUAAAACUGCAACUAUGACAAUCCACCACCAAGUCAAGCAGAAGUACCCCUUGACCAAAGAACCUUUAUACACCAAAGCUCUUUUAUCUCUCGUCUAUUACAGUACAGCAGACUUCUGUAUUUUUUGUGAACCCAGUUACAACUUCCUUCAAAACCCCGAGCGUAUGUGUACAGAACCUCACCAUCCUCGUAUUCGAUUAACAAAUAUGAAGUUAAGCAAUGAGAAUAUUUAGAUUGUUUACAUACUGACCAUUCUAUGCAAUGAUUUGUCUUUUUUUUGCCCUUUUACGUUUAUGCUUCAUAUAGUCUGAAUAUCUCCUGCUUAUGAUCAAACGUUUAAUAAGAAGAUAACGUCGUUUCUGUUGUGCCAAAGAGGGCCAGCACCUGUCCAACGCGAUGAGCAAAACGCAGACGAACGACUGGUUUUCUCUCGUCCUCGUUGGCGUCUGUAAACCGUCCCUCUGUGGUGCAUUACUGACCCCUAGUGGCGACAGUCGGCUAUUGCGUGGUAUUCUUUUCACUCAAUUCAGGACUCCUUAACACCUUUACAAUUUUAUACAUUAAUUUAUUCAUCUUUUUCCACAUGAUUUGAAGAUAUGUGUUGAAACUUUGGCAUUAAGUCACCCGUGUAAGGAUACCCACGUGUUGUAAACAAGCCCCCUGUCCAAAUUAAAAAUC